ACAGAGCAUCUAACGAAGGCGCCGUAAUUUAGAGUUGUGCGAAUAUCUAACGAAGUAACAAACUCGCGAUUCCUUACGAGAAAGAAAAACUUCUCAGCGUCUGAAGCCUGGGAGAGCACCCAAAAUUCUCUGUUCUCUCUUACUCUCUCAACAAUCUCAAACGGUCAGCUUGCUCCUCUCGAUCUAGUUCCUCUUCUUAUUCUUUUCUCUAUUUAGUCCUUGAUCAAUUGAAUUUUAAUCUGGACCUUACAGCCCUUGUUUCAUUCAUAUUCACGCAAAUCUGAAUUUCAGUUCAGUAUCUAAGAAAAAGUGGGGUUUGCUUCAGCAACUGGGUAUAUUUUCUGGGAAAAUCUUUUUGGAUUUUGGUUGAUUGCAGAUCCGAAUCCACAAGGCAUGGUUUUGAAUUUGAGUAUCAGGAAACUAAAUAUAGGAGGAGGAUUGAGAACAUUGAUGGAAUAAGAUUGAUUUGGGUUUUGAAUUUUGAUACUGGAGACUUGGGUUUUCUUUCGAAAGUAGUUUAGAGUUAAGAGUUGCGGGUUUAAAGUAGUUUGAGUCGAAGGAUUUGAGAAUUGGGUUUGUGAUAGUUUAAAAAAUUGUUCGAAGUUCAGUAACUAUUCGUGGGUAUUAUGGAUGUGUGUUUGAUUAUUGCGAGGAUUUGAGGAUUGAGUUUCAGAUUCUGUGGAGAAGAAUUUGUUUUUUGACUUAGGCUGGUGGUUUUGGGUGUCUGGAAGAGGUGCUGUAGUCAUGUUCUAUGGUUCUGUUGUAUGGGACCCUUGGCUCAUUGUUGCCCAAAUUGUUUGCCUUCAAUGCCUAUACUAUCUCACUCUUGGCGUAUUCUUGACAAUUCUUGUCGGGACUCGCGUAUCUAGGAUGAGCCUGGUGUAUUUCUUUGAUUAUGCCACUGUCACUACCUCUACAGUAACCGGCAGGUCUGUCAUUGCUUCGUUUCUGCUCAGCUCGUUUGCAGGAGCUGGAUUCAUGCUUUAUCUGAUUGAGAGGGCAAAAAAGUGCUUAGAUUUUUCAGCCACUGUGUACAUUAUCCAUCUUUUCAUAUGCAUUGUAUAUGGAGGUUGGCCUUCCUCUAUAACGUGGUGGGUUCUGAACGGUACUGGAAUUGCAGUGAUGGCUUUGCUAGGUGAAUGUCUGUGCAAAUAUCGUGAACUGCAGGAGAUUCCCAUGACACGAUACCGUUCAAGUGGAACCGGCCCCCGAAAGUCGCCUCUCCACACGCCGACGACGCUUUCCAAAGCAGCAGCUUGGAGGAGGACACCGGUCGACGCAUUCCGGCAGCCCCCGAAGGUCGCCUCUCCACACGCUGGCGACACAUUCCAAAGCAGCAGCUCGGAGGAGGACACCGGUCGACGCAUUCUGGCAACCCCAAAAGGUCGCCCCGUUAUCCCGAAACAAGUGCCAACACCAACAGGAUUGAUUUGCAACUAUUUCCAUGCCAGAUGGUUGAUUGAUAUGGCGAACUGAAGAGGCAAGGGCAAAAUUCUGUAAUGGCUGUUUCUUCCAUACUUUGGAGGGAGGGAGGAUCUCCUGGUUCAAGCGCAUGAAAUACUGAAUCUAAGGUGUGAUAAGAAAAAAUAGCUUCAUCUCUAGAUUCUGGUUGGCUGUGACAGAAGAAGAGCAAAGAAAUUUGAGGUGGCAUUAAAUGACGAGAAGAAUGAGAAAAUGAGAAUAGGAAAUGUUUCGUGUAUAACUAUCUAACUGUAGGUUGUUUUGGAAAAAUGUGAUAAUGCUUAUUCAUUCAUGGUUUAUUGUAAUAUGCUUAUUAGCUUAUUUGGUUCUUAUUCUUUAAGUUGAUCAAUUGGAUGAAAUUGAUUUCUGUGGCGA